AACAUAGUGGAUCUGGGGCUUUAAACGGAACAAGAGUUUACAUUACAUUGCAUGCUGCAGUUUGUAGUGAGAGGACAGAUGUUUGUGCUGUAGUGUGUGGCUCGUUGUAUGCAUUGAGACAAUACUCUUACGUUUACUGAGGGCACGCAGUGCAUGCAGCAUCAGUCUUGUUUGAGAAAAAUUCAAAGUGAAUUCAAUGCAUUGAGUUUGUGACAUGCACAAGAAUGGAGAUGCCAGUUGGACACGUCUUAAUUUCUUAUAUUUCUCCUUUCAAUAGCUGCAUAAAGACACGUAUACUACUUUUUUUUGUAUGACUUAACUCAAAUAUUUCAAGCCAAAAUGUCAUCUGCUGGGUUGAAUGUGAUUGUUAUUUUAAAAUCUAUUUUUACCAGCUUAGAUUUCACGAAAAACUUCAAAAAUAUAAUUUUCAAGAGUGCUGUUGUUUUGUGCGCACCAGUGCUGAGAUUGUGGGUUCACACUUGACCAAAUGACCCACCCAAGCACCAGAGUUUGUUUUAAAAGAACCAAACUUGAUCAUUGUUAAUGCAGCCAAAGAAUCUGAAGUGUUCCAAACCAGAUAAACUAGAUACAGUAUAUAUUUAAAAGGCUAAAGGGGCCUUUAGAAUAUGAAGAGUCAAAUGUUGAGAACGCAGGGGAAAAGAUUCUAAUUAUUUUUAUAGUCUAGAGCAGCAGUCCCCAGCCUUUUUGAACCCACAGACUCGUGUUCUGUCAAACCCCUGCUAGACAGGAGUGGGACGGGGAAUGCAGCGCUGUCACAUGUUAUAGUAAUCUAAUAUAGUUGUCAAACACUAUUGUCAUUUCCUGAUGAAUGAAACAAAGAAAAGCACAGCAUCAAAUUAAAACCCCAAAAUGAAUACUGACUAACCAUCGAUACAAUAACAGCACGUUUUGAUAUGUGUGGUUGACAAGCGCAGGUUUGGGUGGGAAUGGCAAAGCCUUUGUGGAAAGUUAGGGGUAAUUGUGUGAAUGCUGGAAACAUUCAAGAAUGUAAGCCAUCCUUUUAUCCUUUAAUACCACAAAUUUCUCCUCAUCAUUCAGUAUCAUGCAAUAUAGUCCCAUAACAAGGAAAGAACUUGAACAUUGUAAAAAAAAAAAAAAAGUGGCCCGUAAAAAUAAUAAAAAUUAAAAAAAAACCUUGUUGAAUUUGCUUUUGUCUGUGUUCAACAAAACUUUAAGGAUAGAUGAAUUACCAGACACAAUGAAACCUCGCGUCACUCAUUUUCCUAUUGAAAACUGGAGACCUAUGACUUCGGUGAACUCAUUACAAAAUUUUAACUUCUUUAAAUGUUAAAAGAAAAAUACUUCAUUUGGAAGAGAUCAUAUGAGUUACACAGCCAGGUUUCAAGAAAGGUCGUCACAUAUCUGACAAUGUCCCCUUAGUGCUUGAAAAGACUCACAAUCAAAACAGAUGCCUCGUUUAUUGCGCUUAAUUGGUUCCAGACCCGACCGUGAUAACAACAUUUCCGCAAGUGAUAACAAAAUUUCCGCAAAUUAAGAUUUCUUACAUAUAAAUAUAAUAUUUUGCUAGUUAAGAGCAUAGAGAACCUGUCUACAACCUUCUAAAUACGUGUUUUAACAUUAUUAGAGCCCUCUAGAUAUGAAAUAACAACCCUAAUAAGAAAAAUUUGCCACUUAAGACGUAAAUUCAAUAGACCUCAAAUCUCUGCUUUUCUUUAGAUCACAGCUGCAAAAUUACCCAUUGGAGCCAAAGGAAGUUGCAAGUGCUGGCAUUUUGAUAAAGAAGGUUAGAAACACCACUGAAUGAAAAAAAACAAACUCGUAGCAAAAUACGAUGCUAGUGUCCGUGUUGAUCUCUCUGCCACAUCGUGCCUUUGUCAACAAUACGUCUUUGAUGAAGGUAAACGUACCCUUAAAAAAGUAACCUUCAUUUAUCCCAUUCAUUUGUGAUUUAUAUGUAUUGAACUGAACUGUUUCAUUCAUGUAAAACUAUCAUUGUAAAACAUAAAAACGUGUUUUCUGUUACGAUUUUUGAUACUUGUGGCGUAACUGUGUUAGUUAGCAAAUAACUACAGAGUCAACCACUGAUGGCAUCAUAGACUUGCGAUGGAGCUGACUUCCUCCUCCUGUUUCCAUCUAUUAGCAAGCUACUAACAAGGACAAUUUGUGAUAAAAAUACAUUAACAACAGUUGGACUCAUGCAGUGUAUUUAUAACACGACCAGACGUGCGUCACAUUGUAUGCUGACUGGAAAAUGUAUGCAAAAUUAUGGCAAAUUUUCUCCAUUUUCUCUGUUUGUUUAACCAAUCCGAUUUCGGAUUUACUUCACAGGGCAAUGGUAAAGUCAACAAUUUUACCUCUAAUUUUACCUCCAAUGUGUGUAAUGUUGCGCAUGUGCAAGAUUCUGCUCUGGCACUCUGUGACGAGUGACUCGCGUCAGUGAUUUCUAAGAACUCGAGUCAGUAAAAAGAGGGGUCUUCUUUCUUCUUUCUUGUGAAAGCUAUUUUCCAUCAUUCCAUCAUUUUUCCAAAAUGAAAAUGGCUAAGAGCGCCUCAUUUUUGUAACAUUUAUUUUCAUAGCUUAUUUCAACCCAAACACAUGCUAUGUCUAACCAGAACAUUAACAAAAAUGUUGGUAUCCACAACUCACAUUUUGUAUUAAAACAUUAACAAUAAUUUUUGUUCAUUUGCAUUUUGUACUUCAGAAUUCGUUACUUUCCAGUUUAAUCUCACAUUGUUGACUAAACCUGAAUGAAAACCAACAUCGCGGGCACCUCUUGUGAUUGAGUUGGUAACCUUUGUUCUACACGAUUAUGCAGGGAGUAGAGAAGUGGUGUGAUAACUUCAGGUACCCUCCGAAAUGUGGCUUCUUACAAGUACAAUCUGGAUGCAAGAGAUUCUCCCACUGGUGCUGAAUGGAGGGGACCUGACACCCAUCCAUACCAUCCCCAACUGGGACAGAGUUCCCUGGCUGGAGGAGAAGAGAUUGAAAGAAGUGGUGGAUCAGUUGCCGUCCCCAAGAGCGCUGGUCACACAUUUUCCUUUCCAGUUCAUGCCACCUUCCUUCGUAGCUUCCAAUGCCAAGGUGAUCUAUGUCAUGAGGAACCCUAAGGAUGUCAUGGUGUCGUCAUAUUACUUCCAUCAGAUGGCAACUUUCCUUGAGGACCCUGGAACUUUGGAUGAGUUCAUUGACAAAUUCCUGCAAGGCAGAGUGUUGUUUGGCAAAUGGACAGACCACGUGAAGAGCUGGAAGCACGCAGCGUUAGGAGACAGAAUCCUUUUCAUUACGUAUGAGGAAAUGGUUCAGGAUCUUCGUACAGCUGUACGUAGUAUUUCAGAAUUCCUGGGAAAGAACCUGAGCGAAGAAGUCGUUCAAAAAAUAGCGGAUCAUUGUUCCUUCGGGUCCAUGCAGGCCAACAACAUGUCCAACUUCAGCUUGAUCGGCAAGGACUACAUGGACACUGACAAGUCUCCGUUCCUUCGGAAAGGUGUUGCCGGGGACUGGAAAAAACAUUUUAGUGCAGAGCAAGUGGCCCACUUCUCCUCGGCCAUUUACAAGGAGCUGGAGGGAGAGAACUUCUCUCUGCCAUGGAUCCUGGAUGGAACAGAAACUGGAGCAAACAAACAAAUCUAAGUUGAAAUGUCACAGAGCUGGAUAUGUAGUAGGACAAGAUUAUUCUAUAGCACAAGACUUUCUUUGUACUUUUACUGGGCUCUUGGUUGUAUUUGUGCUCCUUUGUCUUCUUUAGUGUACAGCUGGUAUGGAAAGUGUCAUUUCGAUGAUAAUGUCCCUGGAGAGUAUUUGUAUUGUUUAGUUGUCUUUAGCAUAAAUUUUAACUGGACUUUUUUUCCUCUUUUUUUUGUAGUUUGUAUUUGCUUACAUGAAUGCGGGUGAACGUUGUGACAGAAUAAAGUCUAUCUGCACAAUUUUUUGUGCCUGUUGGUAAGAUGCUUUUGUCAGUCUUUUUGUUCUUUAUAUUUGUUAAUUGCUUAUUCAACACUUUUUUUAAACAAAUGUAUUUUUAAAUUUAGCAUAUUUUGUUACAUUUGUUGAAAUCCUCUGUUUUUGUGGUUAAUCUUACAAAGAACACUUAAAACAUUGAUACAUUUCGGAAAUCACAAGUUGAUACAAUGUAAUUGAAAAAUAAACAAGCCUCAAAACAUCUCAACGUUUGCCACAACUCUUUGAGAAACUACCGCAAAAUCAGGCAUUUUAGGCCGCAACAAUCACUAAAAAAGUCCACGGAAGGACUGAAUAGUAGUUGCUAUGUCUUUGCUCAAUUAUUGACCCUUAAUGGCUCCUUUUAAGCUGGCAAGGCAAGCAACUGCUUGGGGGCCCAGCCCAAGGCUGAAAAAUGUUGACCUUUUCCAGCAGUGGCACUAAGCAUAAUGCUGAUGAACUCUGGUUUCAAGGGCCUCCUGUGAAUUUUUGCCUAGGACCCCGACAGACUCUAGAACCCUCUGACAGCAUGUACAGUUCAUGUACUGUAUAUCCCCACAGUAAAUUAGAAUUUAUCAAUACUUGUGAUGUGCUUACUCUUGGUAUAUUUUAAAUAAUUCCCGAGCAACGCUAAAUCAGUACUCCAGGCCAAAGAUGUAGGAAAGGAUAAAGAACUAAACGGCCAACAUUGUUGGAAUAAUUCCAUUUCCAGUUUUUUUUUUAAUACUUGCAAAUGAGUGCUGACAGAUUUGUAGCUUUUUGUAAAGAUUUUGGACUGAUACAGAAUCCCUUUGGGUUUUUUUCUCCAUUGUGCAUGAUGUAUAUUAUAUAUUUUUGCAACUCCUUGAUGAGUUUACUUCUAAUUGAGCUCUGAAAUAAGUUCCUACUAUAUGGUCAGUUUAAUAAACACAAUCAUAAUUAGAUCUCCCUGUGGAUUCAACAGGUCCAAAAAACAAGAAUGACAAAGUGACUAUUUAGUGCAGGGUUUUCAGGUCUUGUGAAAUAAUGUAGUUCAGCCGUCAAGCUCAGACAUGCUGAGUAGACAAACACUGCCUGAUGUGUACCCACAUGCAAAAUAAAUGUUUCUCUUUUUAA